UAUGAGUCUGUUCUUGGAUGUCGUUAUCCAUCAUGUAUCCUCUAGCGAAAUUCUUUCCUUUGCUUCUACUGUUGGCCUCCCCAGGAUCGGCCCUUAUUAAAAUAGAUCGCUGUACAGACAGUGAUCGAGCAAGGCUCGAACAGGGUGUCAAGGAAGCCCUCGAGGCAGCAGAGGCUGCCCUGAAUGCCUUGAACACUGGAAAGAUUGGCGACAGUGAAGAGGCUUUUCACGGGGCAUAUGAUCCGAUAUUGAAACCCGAAGCAAGAGGUUUCGUGCAACGCACGUUCGAGCGGUUGAACGUUAUGGGCAAGAAUGAUUAUCAAGUAACUAUAUACUGUAACGGAGCUCUGGAAGACAUCAAGAAGGAGACGUCCGAUGCAACGGGACCGCAAUGGCACGAUACGUUGUUCAUUAACAAGGGAAAUGGGCAGAGAAUUUCGGCCAUUUUGGAUCAAAGUGCUGAAGACCGCAGGUCAGGAAAGAAACCUGGCGACAGCGAGUCAUUUGCAGUUCUCGGUUGGGCACCGGAUCCCCCAAGCAAGGAUUUCGGAGACCAAGCGCACAUUUUCGUGCAUAAUGACGCUGUGAACCCUCCAUCAAAUGGUGAAUUUGACACUCGUUGGUUAUCCGAAAUCAAGCAAAAUGGCAUUGAUGGCGGAAAGAAUAUGUUGGACCUAAUCCGUGGCACAACGACCACUGUUCUUCAUGAAUUGCUUCACGUUGCCGGCGGUUUGAUCCAGCCACAUUCUCGAGGGGCAGUUGUAGACGAUGGUCCGGGAGGUAUGAUGUACGGCUGGCUGUACUGCAUGGUGGCAAACAAUCAAAUUCCGGACGUCGCAACAGAAAAAUGCGCCGAUUGUCUGAUGCAGUUUGCUAAAGCUUGCUAUCUCCAAAUCCAAAAUCCAGAGCAUAAAGCAACGUGCUGGAGGACGGGAAUCGUUAAACCCGACACUCUUGAACCAGUUGUGCCAGGUCAGCAAGCCAAGCACAUCACCAUUCCGGAUUACCAGCAUCCGGACUUGGGCACCGUCCGAGAAAUAUGCAAAGGCGAGAGGGUAUCGAAGGGUGUCGACAUUGGAUCUGGGGGCUCACCGGGCUUCGAUUGGGCGCCCGAGUCAAUUGACCAGAGGGAUGGUACGACGUUGUCAUCGCGAAAAGCGUACUACGACCCCAUUGAAAGGUCACGGCCCAACUUGCAGCUUUUGACCCAUCAUACCGUGAAAGAAAUCCUCUUUGAAGGUCGACUAGUAGUCUCCGCAGCAAACCAUAGCACUUCCGAAGUCUGCGCUAAGAAAGAAGUGAUCCUCGCCGCUGGCGCGAUCCAGACUCCGCAAUUGCCUCAGGUCAGUGGCAUCGGUCUCAAGUCAGUGCUUGAAGCAGCAGGAAUCACCGUGAAGACGAGCCUUCGUGGUACAUUUCCCAACUUUGAUACCGUCAUCAGCAACGAAACAUUCAAUGCCACGUCGUGGGAAGAGCAUAAUGAGCAUCGCACCGGCCCCGUCGCCGCAGGUUCUGGCAGCACUGCCCUCCUCUUCUCUCUCCCUCAACUGAAUGUGUCCUCGGCAUUGGGCGUCGCGCAGGCCCUCCUCUCCCAGUCGGAUUCAGAAACACCCUACCCCCCACCCAUUUAUCGGUCCUCCCCAUCCCUCGUUCGCGGUUUUCUCGCCCAGAGCACCAUCCUUGCAUGCAGGUUUACAUCCAACGACUCCGCAGGUCCCAUCGCAGGAACCGGUUUCGCCUUCACAUUUUUACUGAAGCCCGCCUCGAAAGGCACUGUAACUCUCGACCCAGGAAAUCCCGACGGCCUGCCUAUAGUUCGGUAUAAUACUUUAUCCAAUCUAAUCGAUGCCUCCAUUCUCCUCGCCAUGCUCAUCUGCACCCGCGCAUUCUGGUCAUCGUCCAAUGCCCCUCUUGCAGCGCACUUUGGCGACAUCGACGAAUUGCUGCCUGGGGCGCAGUAUCAAACGGAUGAGCAAUUGCUGUCGGCACUCCGUGCGGGUAACCUGUUGCCCGGACUCUCCCACUCCGGCGGUACGUGUGCAAUGAUGCCGGUGGAGAAGGGGGGCUGCGGAGGACCGGAUUUGAAGGUGUAUGGGGUGAAGGGGUCGAGGGUGGUGGAUGCGAGUGUGAUGCCGUUGAUUGUGGGCGCACCGUUGCAGGCGACUGUGUACGCGGUGGCGGAAAAGGCCGCAGAUUUGAUUAAGAGGGAUAGACCGUGGUGAUCCAAGUGUGACACGAGGGGAUUGCGACGCGAGGUCCGUUUCCUGUGGAUGAAUUAGAUGGAUGCGGGCUUUCUAUGUCUUGCGCAUUUGUGAUUCUCGAACAGUCAACGAUCGCUGGUAAAUCACCGUACAUCUCAUAUUGGCCUCCCUUAAAGGCUCCUUCCAAGGCCCCAUCUCCUCACUCGAGAGGCCCGCAUGUACUGCGAGUUUCCACCCCUAACUGAAAACCCCCAUGCAAUUCCUAUAUCUAUAGCUGAGGUGUAAAGAGGGAGUACAUUGUGGUCCUCAGGCGGGUGGGAUGGAGGCAGAAUCGG